CACACCCACUUCUAGUAUCUGAUCACAGACUUUGUCACUUUCUGUGGGAAAAGAAAACUCAUAAGACAUGGGUUUAACACUAGACAACUGUUUCUCUCUUAUGUUUGUCAUUUUUAUCCUUCUUCUGCCUUCACUUUGCUUCAGUCAAGACUAUUAUGUCUCCUCUAGGGCAACUUAUUACGGUAGUCCUGAUUGCUUAGGGACUCCAACUGGUGCUUGUGGGUACAAAGCUUAUGGAAGCACCAUCAAUGGUGGUGAGGUGAGUGGCGUCUCUAGGCUCUUCAAGAAUGGCACUGGUUGUGGAGCAUGCUAUCAGGUUCGAUGCAAGUCUCCGAAGCAUUGCAGUGAAAACGGGGUGAAAGUGGUGGUGACAGACCAUGGUGAAGGAGACAACACGGACUUCAUCCUGAGUACCCGUGCCUACAACAAACUCGCUCUUCCAGGACUAGCAGAAGCAUUAUUCUCAUAUGGGGUGGUAGAUGUUGAAUACAAGAGGAUUCCUUGCCAGUAUUCAGGCUAUAAUCUCAUGUUCAAAGUUCAUGAGCACAGUAGAUUCCCUGACUACCUUUCUCUCAUCCCUAUAUAUCAAGCAGGUGUCAGUGAAAUCACAGCCGUUGAAAUAUGGCAGGAGGAUUGUCAGGAAUGGGUGUGUAUGAGAAGGGCAUAUGGAGCAGUGUGGGACAUGCCUAACCCACCAAGGGGACAACCAGAGGGAGCUAUAAACGUAAGGAUCCAAGUGACAGGGAGUUCGGGUUCAAAGUGGGUCCAGCUUAAGAAUUUGAUUCCUAGCGCGUGGAAGGUUGGGGCUGCUUAUGACACUUCUAUACAGCUUGAUUAAGUCAAGUCAAGUAGUCAACCUCCAUCAUCAUGAUUCAUGAUGCAAUAUCUAUAUGUGUAUAUAUAUAUAUAGAUAAGCUAGCAAAUAACACGUGUUUUGCUUUGUUAAUUGUGUGGUUAAUCUUUUAUGUCAGUUUAAUAGUGUUGCGAUAAGUUAUUUCUGAUAAUUGUCUUGCUUGAAUAAAUGAUACUCGGUUUUUUGUUUCA